AUGAGUGUCCCCGCCACAGCAUCAUUUCCGACUUUGGAAAAAGUUAACUUCUAUCGAGAUGAGAUAUUAGAAGUCAUAACUGAGAUUCAAGGAAGACUGUUAAGAACAGAUAAGAAUAGAAUAAGCAGGUUUUUCCAUCGAAGGUUUGGGAUUUUUCUCACAAAUAUUGAGAUCUGUCUUGAACAAUUGGUCAAACAAGGAGAGAUUAAAAUAAUCAAACAGCCAGAUGGCGAGAAUUACUGGAAUUCCAAAGACGUUUGUCCCACUCCCCCAAAUAUGCCUACAUUCAAUAUUCGACAAUUGUAUCUACUUUACCCUUCUUUAUAUAAGAAUUUGGCACCCUUUGAAGAGGUUGAUUUUCACCAAGAAAAGAUAUUGGGGGCUGUUGAGACUGAACAGAAUGCCGACAAACAGUUUCUGACAGAGUUUCUCCUUGAUCAUUACAAUAUUCGUCCAAUCGACACGGAGACCUGUCUGCGUCAUCUUCUUGCAUGCGAAACUCUAAUAGGAGUUUUUAACGAUGGAAACAUCCUAUACAAAAAUCCCAGAGAUGGAAAUGUGUGUGAAGAUAAACGAAUAAAUAAUCCAAUCAUCAGUGGAGUCCUUAAGCAUACUUUAAAAAAUCUUUGUGUUGAGGAAAGUCAUCGAACAUUUACGCACUUCGAAAUUUCACAUGCUAUAAGGAUAUUUAUUUCCUCGGUAUUAGGAAAUGAAGAAUCAAUUUCAGAAGGCCAGUUGCCACAAGAAUUAUCAGGAGAUGGGUUAAUAUUGUCAUUAAAUAGAGAAGCACUGUAUGGCAAGAUCGCCAAGUUUUGCAUCGAUACUUAUGCAUUUCACGGAACGAAACGCACAAGUACGCGAGAUCGAAAAAUCACUUCAAAUUCAAAUGGAAGACGCACUAACCAAAAUGACGCCAUAUCUUCUACAGCAAUGCCAAUGGACACCAGUGAUACUACGAGUCAAGGACAAAUUUCGACACCUACAGACGCCCUGCAACCGCCCACUUACCUUUUAAUUGACCAGCAGAGCUACGUUUGCCUAGUUCCAACAGUUGUUUAUAACUACCAUUACAUACUACCUGGGUUUGUCUCAUAUAAUGUAAUUCAAGAAGGUGUCUCUUAUCAAUGUCUUGUGCAACAACCACUACCAACUCAAACUGUUGGAGAAGUACAUAUGGACCAAUUAUCUGUAGUUGGAAGUAAUCAGUUUCAAUCAAAUUGUCAGGUAACUAAUGCUACAAAUUUAGCUCCAGUGCAACAAUAUCAAGUACAGGACGUAGAAGGUGAAGGAUUUGCAAAAGGAAAUAAUCAGGGAUGUAGUUCUGCGCCUACUUCCUGCAAUCCACCCUUAAAGGGAGCAGAUACUUGUGCACAGGACGCUUCUUCUUCACAGUCUUUGAAUCAAGGAAACUCUCCUAUGGAAGAAGCGACUGAUGAAGAAAUAAUAGAUUUGUUUGAGAGUAUCAAAGAUAAUUACUACGUUCUAUAG